CUAAAGAACAACUCGCUCGCGAAUCAACCAUCCAACAACAGUCGAGAGCGGAGAGAAAGGCAGUGGAUUCACCUCAUUCUGCCACUAAAAGAGACACACACAGAGAGAGACGGGCGCAUUUUCACACAUAAAUGGAGGCUUGGCCACCGGGCGCCAUCAAACAGCCCUAAACCUGCAAACAUGGUGAAGGACCAAGAAGUGGAGCGCAUCGCCAAGAAGCUGGACAAAAUGGUGCACAAAAAAAACACCGAUGGUGCCAUUGACCUGCUUCAGGAGCUGAAGAACAUGCAAAUGUCUUUGGAGACCCUACAGUCGACUCGGAUUGGGAUGUCAGUAAAUGCGGUGCGGAAGCAGAGCUCAGACGAAGAGGUGCAAACUCUGGCCAAAUCACUUAUCAAGGCCUGGAAGAAACUGCUGGAUGGUUCAGAGGGUAAACCAGAAGAGAAGAAGAAAGAAGAAUCGCCUCUCCAGUCCUCGUCUUCUAAAGACUUUCCUGGAUCCAGUGACACCAGUAACAAACCAGAGACACCAAAAACUCCCACCACCCCAGUCACCCCUAAAUUUACUAUGUUCCCACCUGCCCCGGUCACCACGGACAGUGUGCGCACCAAAUGCAGAGAGCUACUGGUGGCAGCCCUGCAGACUGAUGGUGAUUACCAGACGAUUGGAGCAGACUGUGAACACAUGGCGGCACAGAUCGAAGAUUAUAUCUAUCAGGAGUUCAAAUCCACCGACAUGAAGUACAAGACCAGAUUGAGGAGUCGCAUCUCCAACCUAAAGGACCAAAAGAACCCAGACUUGCGGCGAAACGUCCUGUGUGGAAACAUCUGUCCCGAGCGUAUCGCCAGCAUGACUGCAGAGGAGAUGGCAAGCCCUGAGCUGAAGGAGAUCAGAACGCUGACCAAGGAGUCCAUUCGAGAGCAUCAGCUCUCCAAAGUGGGCGGAACAGAGACUGACAUGUUCGUCUGUGGAAAAUGCAAGGGCAAGAACUGCACUUACACUCAGGUCCAAACACGCAGCGCUGAUGAACCCAUGACCACCUUCGUGCUGUGCAACGAGUGUGGAAACCGCUGGAAGUUUUGUUAAAGGCUACAGUGAGCAGGAUUCUUCAUAUGAAGGGAUAACCUGAAUUCUCAGUGUAAGGAAGAACUUUUUUUUUUUUUCUUUUGAGAAAAAAAAUCUAAUGUCUUUUGUAUACAUUCGUUUUCAUAGCUUUGUAAUAUAUAAUGAGUGUUGCUAUUGCGGAAUCACUUUCUGUAUUUUUCUUUUUUCUUUGUUUUUUUUUUUUAUUUACUGGUGUAAUAUCAUUGCCUUUCAUGCACUGCCCAUAGUUUAGACCUAAUAAGUCAGCUGGCUUGUUCAGUCUUGCUUUGCCUUUUGAUAGCGCUUGUGCCUUUUUUUUUUCUAUGAGUGCCAAGUAAUUGCUAAAAAAAGAGAAUUUGUACACAAUCAUACUAUAUAUAUUUUUUUGAACGUAUGCUUUUCAUAUGUAUAUGCAGUUUAUGCACUUCACGGAUGAUUUAUUUAACCAAAUCUUGAAAUGUUGGUUGCUUUUUUCCAGAGGUUAGGAAGUCUUAAAGGAUUAUGGUUAAUAUUUGAGCCUCAAGGUAGGCGCUAGUUUGCUUCUUGUAGACAAGGAGAACAUGUAGAAUAUGAUUGAAGGUUCAUAUGUAUUGUAUGAAUAGUUGGACUGUUUUGUCUCAGUAAAUUUGGCUAGAAAUA